CCAGGGCAAGGGCAGGACUGGCUGUGUGGGGAGCUGGUGAGUCCCAGGCCUGCAUGCAGGGUUCCCCCUGAGAACUGGCCUCUAGGGACCUGAAAGCAAGAUCCCUCAGUUGGGCUUUUCCCGCUCCACUGAUGACUCCAAGUUUGGAGAGUUUUGCUGGGAAACUUCCCCAGCCAGGCUGAGUUAGCCCUCCAUCUCCCUGGGUGAGACCAGUCACCACAUGGUCAGCUCUGCUCUGGCUGCUAGUCCAGGGCUGCUGCCUGCUGUGUGUGUGUCUGGAUGCUGGGCUAGGAGACUACAGUUUGGAUUUUAGUACAGGUGUGUAAUCUGCACCUUGCGCCCUGCACCCUUUUGUGGUGAGGGGAAAUCCUGGGAUCAGAAGCAACCUGACUCCUGCCUGAAGAGGAUCCCUGCCAGCAGAGAUCAGCCCCUCUGCAGUGACUGAGGAGUCCAGAGUCAUCUCUGAACCUGAGGAUCAUUCAUGGAGGUUGUCUUUGACAGAGUCCGGGAAGAUUGCCCUAACUUCCAAGAGAAGAUUAAGCCUAUUAAUGCAGAACUCACUCAGCCAAAUCUGGCCAUCAGCGCCAAGGACUCGCAGGAGCUCCUGUCCCAGGUCAAUGUUGUAUUCCACUGUGCAGCAACAGUUCGCUUUGAUGAGCCACUAAAACAUGCCCUGCUGCUGAAUGUCAUGGGCACACAACAGCUCUUACUGCUGGCUCGGCAGAUGCAGAAGCUCGAGGCCUUUAUCCACAUCUCCACUGCCUAUGCAAAUUGUAAUCGGAGAAAUAUAGAUGAAGUCAUCUACCCACCACCUGUUGAGACCAAGAAGCUCUGCGACUUAGUGGAGUGGCUGGAUGAAUCUAUCAUUCAAGAGAUCACACCCAAGCUGAUUGGGGACUGGCCCAACACGUAUACAUACACCAAAGCCUUGGCAGAGUACCUGGUCCAGCAAGAGAAAGAGCACUUCAACGUUGCCAUCAUCAGGCCAUCCAUCGUGGGAGCCAGCUGGCAUGAGCCUUUCCCAGGUUGGAUUGACAACUUCAAUGGAGCAAGUGGAAUGAUUAUUGCGGCUGGUAAAGGGAUUCUGCAAACUCUCAAAGUCAAUAAUGAUGCAGUAGCAGAUCUGAUUCCAGUAGAUGUCGUCAUCAACCUCAUCCUAGCGGCUGGGUGGUACACUGCAGUUCACAGACCAAAAACAAUGAUGGUGUACAACUGUACAACAGGUGGAAUCAACCCUUUCUGCUGGGGAGAGAUAGGAUACCAUGUCAUAUCCACAUUCAAAAGGAACCCCCUUGAGCAGGCCUUCAGAAUACCCAGGGCUCAGACGACCUCAAACCACCUGAUAAACCAGUACUGGAUAACUGUCAGUCAUAAGGCUCCAGCCAUGCUCUAUGACUUCUACUUGAGGUUAACAGGAAGAAAGCCCAGGAUGAUGAAGAUCUUCAAUCGGCUGCACAAGUCUAUGAUGCUUCUGGAAUAUUUCACCUGUCAGUCCUGGGAGUGGUCUUCAGAAAAUAUGAACAUGUUAAUGACCCAGCUCAGUCCAGAGGAUAGGAGAUUAUUCAACUUUGAUGUGCGUCAGCUGCAUUGGUCGGAAUACAUUGAAAAUUACUGCAUAGGAGCGAAGAAAUAUUUGCUGAAUGAGGAUAUGUCUGGGAUUCCUGCUGCAAAGCAGCACUUACGAAAGCUAAGGAACAUCCAGUAUGCAUUCAACACCACCCUCCUUGUGAUCAUCUGGCGCAUUUUCAUUGCACGGUCGCAGAUGGCUCGCAACAUCUGGUACUUCGUUGUGAGCCUUUGCUAUAAGUUCCUUUCCUAUUUCAGAGCAUCAAGUACCCUCAGGCACUGAAAUAGCCAGUCAGCAGCCAAAAGGACCUUCCUCUCCUUUAAACAGCAUCUAUGGGCAUCUGGGCUUGAAAGUAGCAGGGAAUCCACCACAACCAACAGCUGCCUGCAGUCAAUGUGCCCUGUUACUAUGAUCACAAUUAUCUUUUUACUAAUGCUUUAAUAUGUGACGAUCUUUCUUCCAUAGGACCAUGCUAAUUUUAAAGCCAUAACUGAAGCUUUAGGCAUGGGUUAUUCUGGGUCUUUUGUCUAGAUUCUGGUGUGCAAGAGGAUGGAUUAACCAAAGCUGCCAUCUUUCCAUCCAAAGUCUAAGAGCUAAACACUCUCAUCCCUACCUCCCUCCUUAACAGUUGCAGAUUUUAAAGUCAUAGAAAUUAGGAAAGGAAUAUGAUAAGACAAGAAAAUAUCAAAGAAAUAAAUCAGUGAGAGGUUUUCUUAAAUGCAAUUCACAAAUUCUAGCUCAAUGAAACCAACAGGGCCAAAUACCUUCUUAGAUUGUGAAACCACAUUUUUUAUGUCACUCAAACCUAAAGGAAGUAAGGAAAAGUAAACUGUGGAAGGCUGAUGAAUGUGGUUUAGAUCUCUAUCUCAGGUUCCCAAGGACUGAUACUUUCAAGCCCUGAUUGAUGAGAUAUACAGAAGCCGUGUACGUUUUUUAUCAGCAUGAACACACACACAAGUGACUUUACUAUGGAGAGGCAUUAAUCUCUUUAUAAUUUGUCUUCCAUUAAAAAGCCCUCUUUUAUCACCUCUAUAGCUCUUGCUUGGAAAAUUUGUGUGGCCUGAGAGUAGUUAUAUUUACUCUCAACAUUGAAGGAGAAUGCUUGUGCAAACCUUGAAGAAAAUUAAUAAAGGUGUUUUUGAAUCAGUCAUUUAAAAAAAUCACCAUGAAAUUCUGAUUUUUGGCUAACAUUUUUGUCUAGCUGAAAAACACCUUGUUACUCCCCUUUCAAACUUUCCAUAUACACCUCUACCUCAACAUAACGCUGUCCUCGAGAGCCAAAAAAUCUUACCGCGUUAUAGGUGAAACCGUGUUAUAUUGAACUUGCUUUGAUCCACUGGAGCGCAGAGCCCCGCCCCCCUGGAGCGCUGCUUUACCGCGUUCUAUCCAAAUUCGUGUUAUAUCAGGUUGCGUUAUAUUGGGGUAGAGGUGUAGUUAAAUUCCCCUGAAAAUUCCUGCACCCACUUUGUUGAAGAAAGUGUCAUUAAGCAAAGUUAGUAACAGUGUUUUGUUGUGGAUCAUGCGUCCUGAUCUUGCUCCCAUUGAUGUCAGUCUGAGUAAUAGGCCCAUUUCUGUUUUCAUGGAUGCCAAUAGGCAUUUUUCAUUGACUUCUGUUGCAGAGGGAUUGCACAUGAUAUAUGUAAGACAUAUUGCUCUAUCAGCUUGCUGCAGCUUAGAAGGCGGACAAGGAGUUGCAAUUAGGGUCCCAUUGAAAGUCUGAUUUUUGUAUAAAAAAUAAAUAAAAGAUACCUUAUUAAGCUUUCAGUUUUUAAAUUAUUAAGUCUCAUUGACAACUGGAACAUUUUCUUUACAUUUAGUGAAUUGAGUGAGCAUUUGUUAAGAUUAAAAGACUUUAAAAUUACUCCUUUUUAAAAUGUUUGCAAGUUUCCAAUCUGUCCAACUUUGUGCCUUCUGCCUGCCCAAGCAAGUAACAUUGCAUCACAAAAUGUGAUACAAGAAGCAGUUUUCAAGGCCAAGAAUAGUCAAAUGUCUAUGAAGUGGCCAUUAUUUCAAAAUUAUACCUGCUUCUGACAGUGAAGGCAACAGAGGGGGGAAAAUCGUGGCCACAAGCAAUAUUUUUCUUUUAAAAAGUGAAAAGAACGAGUCAAGUUACCUCUCCUUCCGCAUCCUCUACAGGACCAUUUUCCAAAUGAGAGUAACAGAGUUUAAACAAGUUGCCAAAGGAGGCUUUUGGUGGAUCCCAGAAUGUAGACGCUCCUCCCCCAGCUCUCUGAAAUGGUAAAACCACGUCUUCUCACUAGACCACAGUACCUCUCCUACAGAUUGCUUCAAGUCUCUGUACUUAUGUCAAGUGUAAAAUGGGCUACUAAUGCUUAACCACCUUUGUAAGGUGUGUUGAGGUCUUAGGAUGAAAAAGUGCUUUGUAAAUGCAAAACUUUGUUAGCCACGUUUUUUCAGGUGGAGUAAGACAGACACAGAGGUUCAGUGAGGUGUCAAGCAGGCACUGCAUCCUACUGGCUUAGCUGCUGGUUGUGCAAUCAGGACAUGUGGUUUUCUAGCCUUGGAUCAGACAUGUCAUGUGCUAUGACUCUUUAACAGUGUUUGAAGUGAAGGUCAGGUGCACUGUACUUGUAUGCAUCACUAAUAUAGCUACUUAGUGAAUGCGCCUAAGUUGUCAGGUCCACAUGGAAGGAGGCAGGGCUGUCUCUGCAGGAUGCAUUGUUAGCUAGACCUGCACAACUCACUCCUUUAUUUUAAUAAGCAGGUGGCACAUUCAUCCCACUGAUUUAAAACACUAUCUUCAUUUACCUGCACACAAGAGAAAAUGAAAGGUUAAAAAUAAACAAAACCUGGGUCAUUCUGAAAAACAAAAAACUUCACUAAAAAAAGUCCCGUUAAGGAUGCAAAUUAGCACCAAUGAACUGACCAAGCACAUUUACAAAAUCCAAGCAUUUAAAAAGAAAGAAACAAAUAGCUAUGGCAAUCUUAACUCUUACCCUGCCCACAUAACAGACCCAAUCCUACAAUCAGAUGCAGCAGGGCAAACCUUUCAGCUCACAUGGAGCUCCAUUGAAAGCAGUGGGGCUCUGAACAUAUCUGAUGUGAAAGAUCUACACCACACACACUAUUUUCACAGAUUCGAGUUAUAUUGAUCCCCACCAUCCCCUUCCUUUGGCCAGACCUACUUGUGACUGGUCAUUCGCAUAUGCUAUGCCCACCCCAACCAGUCUGUCUCCCCACAUGCCUUGAACAUGUCAGGACCCUUGUAUCUGCAUGAGAAUCAGGAUGCAGUAGUUUUCACUCAGGAGGCUGGUGGUACCAACUUUAAGUUUUUCUAGGCACCUUAGUAUUUUGCCAAAUGCAACCAUAGGAGCAAAGUGGGCCCUUUCUUUCUCACCCUUGAAGAGCAGCAGAGCUGGUUGGGGAUAUUGCAAAUGCACAACUGUAUCCACUUCUUCUCGUUCCAAGUAGCAAACUGUAUUCUGGAGAGCUUUCACUGUCUGCCCUGUCAUCCUCUCAGCCUCAUCCUUGUCUCUGAGGAAUUCCAGCAUUUCCAGCAAAUAGCCCCUGACCUGUGUUGCCUUUCCUGAGUGGAAGACCAGGUUGCUAAUUCCUCUAAACCUGAGCAUAAGUAUGAUAAAAUUUACAUCUUUAAUCCUCUCUUUCACGUGGCUCAGAACAUCAUCUCCUGAUUGAGAUCUUUCUGUGGACCAAAAAAGGUCUCAUCAAGGACAUCUCUGGCCAUGAUGUUCUGGUGCUUAUGUUGACAACCUGGUGGAAAUUCUCACUGAGCUCAGGCUUGCAGUGAUUUCCCUGGGCUCUUGAGAUCUUUACGACCUCACACCAACGGUCUAUGGGACUUUUGCAAUAGUCUCCAAACACUGUGCUCAUCAACAUACAGCCACUCUUUCUCAGUGAACUCAAAGCCGGGGGAAGUUCUUGCUAAAAAAAGGAAACAGAUGCUUGCUUUGCCUUUGCCCUCCCCCUCCUUUUGACAAAAUGAAGCCAAAUCCAGUUUAGUUUAUCUUUUUAAAAAGUUGCAGUUUUAAAGAGGUCCUGUAGGAAAUCACACUUAUUGGCUCAUUGGCAUUACACUUCCUGGGCAAAACUAAUUUUUCAGUUUGGUGGCAGUUUUGGAAAAAAAAUUGGUUUGGGUCAAAGAAUGUGAAAUUUUUUGGAAUUUUUGGUGAAUUGAAAAAAAAACCCCACCGUGGGUCCCUUCCAAAGCAGGGAUUUAAACCUCAAUCUCCCACAUCCCAUGUGAGUGCCCCAACUACUGGACUAAAGAGCAUAAGGGAGGGUGGCAAUAGCAGCAGCACCAUCACCUUCUCUUCCUGCCAUGGCCAAAAUUAUUGGUGUCACAUCUGUGAAUAGGUUUGGGUUGAUCAAAGCUGCAUCUUUUGUUGAAUAAACUAUUAAUAAAAAAAAUUUCCAUCCAGUGCUGAGUCAUAAGUAUACAUGACUCACCCAGAGGGAAGGUUGCAGAAAUGGGCUGAUAGCAUCUUUAUGAGCGGAGGCCAGUUGGGCUAGAGAUUUUUGCUGAGGCAGCAUGCUUAGUCCUGUGCAAAGUAGUGGCUGCACUUUCCUGUAUCAUCUUGUUGACAGACGAAAUGCUGUUGACCAAUCAGAGCUACAUCUAGUUUCCUUUUGCCAUGGGUGGGACUCAGCAAUAGCCUAGAAUUUUCCUUGCUCCCCCAUUGCCCUUUAUGAACAAGCAACUUUGAAGACAAAACUGGUCACAUACUUUACAAUCAUGACAGUUUAUUUGCCCCAGCAUCACAAAACAGGAUAGGAUCAGUUACCAUUUGUACCCAGUAGACUUACCAUGCAGUUACCACAUUAUAUUGUGACAGAAUGCUGGAGAGUUGUCAUAGUUACUCGGGAAACUAACCUGCGAUACGCUGAACCCGAUGUACUCUUGUUUUAGUCAGUAUUAUACACACACAUCAGGCUAUAGCUAUAAGCUGAGUGGUAUGUAGAAGCUAUGGAACAUUGAAUAUCGUUUCAUUGUCAAAUGAUUUCUGUGUUAUAGAAAGUCUGUCAAACUGUUAGCUUUCAAAUAACAAAUUGUAUACUUUUUUAAAUUAAACUAAAUACCCCUGCUAAAAAUCACCACAAUUAAUCUGAAUAUGCCAUUUGACUGACAAGUCAAUUUGUUUCCAGAAAAUUUGCUGAAAAAUGAGGUUUUUCAAUACAUUUGCAGGAAAACUUGACAACCAGGCCACAUUUCUUGGGGGCCCUUUUGGUCAGCUUUUGCUGCUGCAUGAUGUUUUCAAGGCGACCUGGUGCACCUCUGUGUGUGGGGGUGAGUGUACAUAUCUGUAUGUAUAUUUAUACAUUUUCAGCACCAAUCAUCACACUACUUCCAGAGAUGUUGCAACUAUCUGAUCUUUUUGAAAGGCCAGGCUGUAACCAGUUAUUAUGUGCUUUUCUUCAUCAAAUUAAGAUGAAGUCAAAACCCCCUUCCUAAUUUCCCAAGGUUUAAAAAAAAAAAAAAAAGUCCACCAGCACUGUUAAAUAAUCAGUCAUCGUACAUGAAUCCUUA